UAUAAAUACAUAAGAAUUUUGUGGCAUGUAUGUAAAUGCCCCUUCGUCCCCGGCAUCAGCCUUUUGAAUCUCCCCGCUCUGCCGCUUUUCAAAUCCUUUCUGCUUCAACAAUGGGGGACACAAUGAGGAGCACGGAGAGAUCGAUGGCGUGGAAGGAGCCGAAAAGCAGAUGUAAGGUUCCAGUUGUGUACUAUCUCUCCCGAAGUGGUCAGCUAGAGCACCCUCAUUUCAUGGAGGUAACACUUUCCUCUGCAAGGGGACUCCAUCUCAGAGAUGUGCUUAAUCGCCUUGAUUUUCUUCGAGGGAAGGGUAUGGCGAGCAUGUAUUCUUGGUCUGCUAAGAGGAACUAUAAGAACGCAUUCGUAUGGCACGAUCUCUCUGAUGACGAUCUUAUCCACCCGGUGCACGGGAACGAGUACAUACUCAAAGGAUCCGAGCUUCUCCAUGGCUUAUCCUCCUCUCAGAAACCGCAGGAAAUGUCGGAAUCUCAACACACCCCUAAAUCGGAUGUGGGUUUCAUGCCGAUUAGACGGAGGAACACGAUGUGGAGCUCCAGAUCUCUCGAUCUUGGAGAGUACAAAGUCUACAAGACCGAUCUGACGGCGGCCUCCGCCGUGAACGCGGACGCAGCCACGCAGACAGAAGACAAACGCCGACGUCGGCGAGCUCAAGCGAAGGACGAUGAGGGUGACCGAUUGUUGGUCGGACGGCAAGAAGAAAACCAUAGAACAGAGCUCGGCUGUGAUGAGAUCUCGCCGCCUCCAUCUUCGUCAAGCCCGGAGACUCUCGAGACUCUGAUCAAAACCGACGGAAGCAUCAUGAGCGCUGCCGCCACCUCCGCCGCAACCAGAGGCGGAAAUUGCCAUUCCGGUCGUUUUCGGGCGUCGGCAUCGACGGUUGUAAUGCACCUGAUAUCGUGCGGCUCGUUCUCGCUGGCCCAGCCGUACCGUACAGUUCUCCAACGUGGCGCUUCCUUGGAUGAUCAGGAGUUUAGGGAAAUGAAGGGUCUGAUGGGCAUUUCGGGCUUGAGGGCUGCUGAGGAGGAGUACUAUAGCGGCAGUUUGGCGGAGACGAAGAAGAAGAGUGAUGGGGGCGAUGAGUCUGCGGACUUCCCCACGCUAAAGCGUUCCUCGUCGUACAGUGCUCAGAGGAGUGUGAAUGCAUUGGAGGUGGUGGAGAAGGAGGUGGGCGGCGUUCGAGCCAAGUGCAUUCCCAGGAAGCCAAAGGCGAUGGGCAGGGAGGGAACCAAGCGGAUUAACGAUGUGCGAAACCUAGCAAGCACUGGAAGCAAGAUGAAGGAGGGCGACGAGGAGGAGAAACCUACGCGUGUGGGUGAGGGACAAUAUCCGUGAACCAGGUGUGGAGGACUUGGGAAUGUAACGGCACUUCUCUUUUUAUUUUAUUUUUCUACGACGAACUUUUAUUUUUAAUUACAACAUAU